CCCCCCGAGCCCCCCGCCCGGCCCCAUGGCGGGGAUGGAGCUGCACAUCCUGGACCACCGGGUCCGGGUGCUGAGCAUCGCCCGCGGCGGCCUGUGGCUCUACACGCACCCGCUCAUCAAGCUGCUCUUCCUGCGCCAGCGCUCCCGGUGCAAGUUCUUUAGCUUGACGGAGACCCCCGAGGAUUACACCCUCAUGCUGGACGAGGAGGGCUUCAAAGAGCUGCCCCCGUCGGAGUUCCUGCAGGUGGCGGACGCCACGUGGCUGGUGCUGAACGUGCUGUCCAACAGCAGCUCGGCCCCCGACGUCCCGGCCGUGGGAGUGACCAAGAUCGCCAAGUCGGUCAUCGCCCCGCUGGCCGAGCACCACGUGUCCGUCCUGAUGCUGUCCACCUACCAGACGGACUUCAUCCUGGUGCGAGAGCAGGACCUGCCGGUUGUCAUCCGCACCCUGGCCCGGGAGUUUAACAUAUUCCAAGAGGUGGAUGGGGAGGCAGAGCCUGUGGCCUGUGAUGACAACAGCAACGGCUUCCACAGGCUCAGGCACGGCCCCAGCCCCACAGUGCAUCCCAUCCAGAGUCCCCAAAACCGCUUCUGCAUCCUGACCCUGGACCCCGAGACCUUACCUGCCAUCGCCACCACCCUUAUCGACGUCCUCUUCUACUCCCACAGGGCACCCAAGGAGGCAGCCUCCAGUGACCCCGAACUGGACUCCAUCCCCUUCUUCGCCUUCUCCCUGAUCGAGGGCUACAUCUCCAUCGUCAUGGACGCCGAGACGCAGAAGAAGUUCCCCAGCAACCUGCUGCUCACCAGCUCCUCGGGCGAGCUGUGGAGGAUGGUGCGAAUUGGGGGGCAGCCUCUGGGCUUUGACGAGUGUGGGAUCGUGGCCCAGAUCGCGGGACCGCUAGCCGCGGCGGACAUUUCGGCCUAUUACAUCAGCACCUUCAACUUUGACCACGCUCUGGUGCCCGAGGAAGGGAUCCAGAGCGUCAUCGAGGUCCUGCAGCAGCGCCAGGAGUGUGCCCGGUAGCCGUGAGACGUCAGGGGCCGUCCCGCCCGCCCCCCGUCCGCCUCCCCGCGGCUCUUGGGUCGGCGCCCCGGUGCAGCCGUCGGUCAGUCGGGGCUGGGCCGGGGCACCGGGAGCCGAAACCGGACCACGGGACCGCACCGGGCGUCCCUCACCGCGUCCACUUGGUCGAGCCUCGCCGCGGAGGCCUCCGGCCGUCUCGGCGGCCUCCUCUCGUCUGCGCCUCGGCCCGGCCGUUCUCUCUCCCCGGGCCCCUUGGUGACUUCCCGUGCCGUUCUCCUGUCGGGCUCGGGGCCGAGCGGGGUCUCCUUCCACACCCUCCCUACUCACAGGUCGAAGUGGGCCCCCUCCACUCCCCCCACACACACCCCUGUCUCCCUUUCCUCAGUCCAUUGCACUUGCCGGGGCUGGGGUCAGAUCAGGUCCGGCCCCAGGGCGAACGGGGUGGGGCCUGCCUCACUUUCUUUAUCCGGGUCCGUCCCUUCCCCUGGGGGUCGGCGUGGCCUGGACCAACGCAGUCCCCGGCCGGCGGCCCACUCUGGACCUGGCUGGGUUUGGGAGGGG